AUGAAACUCAAGUUGAAAAUUCAUUUACCUUCCAUUGGUGGUUCUCCCACUCGUGACGAUGCAUGUUUCAAGUGUCCAUUACCCGUAAAAUGUGGAAAUCUCGCGGACAAUAUACUUCACUCUUCCUCGAAUAUUAAUGCCAAAGAUGAUAAAGUAAGAGCUGGAAGGUCAUUCAAUGACAGACCUCCAUCAACGCCAACAGGUUUUUGGGAUCUUGAGUUGGAGCAACGUAACAGUAAUGAUAACGAUGAUGAAAAGGAGAAUAACAAAGACGUAGGCAAAAAUGAUGUCGAGAAUGCCUCACCUUAUAUUUCUCGUCGUCGUCGUCGUUACCCUUUAAUCUUUCGUUCAAUUCAGGCUGAUAUGUAA